AAUAUGAUGAAGCUUAUAGAUUUGAUCCUCCUAUCUACCUUCCUCUCAGUUUCCAUGACAUCUGAAACAUUUGAUGCUAUGGAAGGUGAGGCCUUUGUUAUAAAAGGUCCCAAAUGGAGUUCAUCAGUGAACAUCACCUGGUAUCGCACGGACACUCACACAAGAAUUCCUGCCGAAGAGAAGGGAUCACGAGUGUUUUCCAUGGAACGAUUUCUUUGGUUUCUGCCAACUUCUAGAGAGGAUUCUGGAAACUACACUUGUGUAACACAUUUUUUAAGUAAUCGCACGAAGUCGUACAACGUGAGUGUGCAAGUGCAUUCAUACAAGCCAGGACAAUGUUUCCCAAGUCGGAUUCGUUACCCAAAUGACACUCAAACAGGAAGAGUUGUUUGUCCUACCAUUGAUAACUAUAAGAAUGCUACCAUUGUCCAGUGGUAUAAGGACUGCAAACCUCUUAAGGGACAGAGAUACUUCAAGAAAGAGAAAUAUAUUUAUAUUGAGAAUCCAAGAAGGGAGGAUGAUGGUUAUUAUACUUGUCAAUUUAUUUAUACCCGUAAAGGAAAUGUGUUUAAUGUAUCAGCAACAAGAAUUUUCAUAAGUGGGGUAAAAUACUCACCUCUACCACCUCAAAUCAUAUUUCCAAAGAAUGAAGAUGUAAUAGAAGCAGAGCUUGGUGCUGCUUUGUCUCUGAAAUGUCGGGCCCGCCUGGGGAUUAACAAACAGCCACUGGCUGCUGUCAGCUGGGAUGUGGAUAACAUCUCAGUGAAAAGACUUGUUUUUUCAAGAUUUCAUAGAGAAACUCAUUUUUUUGAUGAUCAUGAGCAAGUAUACUAUGGAGAGACAACUUUGAAUAUUACUGAAGUAAAAAAGGAGGAUCUGCAGUCAAAUUUCACAUGUAUAGCAUUGAACACACUGUACAGCACAAGAGUCACAGUGACAUUACAACUCAAAGUGCUAUCUAAGGAGGUUCUUCCUAAUGUCCUCCUGAUCACAGGAUCUCUAGUUCUGCUAGGUGCAAUAGCACUCUCAGUGAUCCUUUACCAGUCCUUCCGAGUGGAUAUUGUCCUGCUGUAUCGGGAGAUAUUCCAGCCCUACUCAGUCAAGGAUGAUGGGAAGAUAUAUGAUGCAUAUGUUAUCUACCCCAAAAACCAUGCCAGUGAAGCUAAUUUUGUGGAAUAUUUUGUUUACCAAAUCAUGCCAGAUAUUCUGGAAAAUAAAUGUGGAUAUACAUUGUGUAUUUAUGGGAGAGAUAUAUAUCCUGGAGAAGAUGCAGCCAGUGCAAUUGAGACGAGGAUGCAGAAGAGCAGGAGGCUGAUCAUGCUGCUGACACACCAGCUGGUUAAUUCUAAAGAAGAUGCUUAUGAUCAACACAUUGCUUUAUACAAUGCCCUCAUUCAAAAUGACACCAAGGUGAUCCUUCUGGAAAUGGAGACAAUUGGGAAUUAUGGGAAGCUUCAGGAAUCUCUUAGGUUUCUUAUUAAGCAGCAAGGCACCAUCAAAUGGAAAGAGGAGCACACAGUGCACCCACAGUCACCCAGUUCUAAGUUCUGGAAGCAGGUGAGGUUCCAUAUGCCGCUGGCACGCAGGCCCUCACACGUGGCUGACGCCAGGUGAACAGCAGUGCUGCCCCAUCAGGAUGGACUACAAGCCCACAGCUGUUGGUCCUUUCAGAAAGGAAAGGAAAUGACUGUACUGUCUGAAAGUCUGGCUGUGUUUUUUGAACUUUUUUUCAGUUCUUCUACUGAGUAACGAUGGGGUAAAUUGAUGGAAGAGGUCUAGGAUACUGAGGGGAUA